AUGGCGGCGCUGUGCCUCGCCGCGCGUCUUUCGUUUCAGGCCCUCGUGCCUGGCCUCCGCCGCUGCGCCUCCUGCGCAGCGGCCCACUGGCCGCCUGCUUCGGCCCUCUCGCUCCCGGCCGUGUACUGCUACUCCACGCCCGGCGGCGCGGUGCCGCCUCCCAGCGCCGCUUCCCCGCAGCCGCCGGGCCUGGCUGCACGGGCCGCCUCCGCGGACUCGGCGGGGCUGCAGUGCGCGGCCACGGGGCCGCCGAUCGGCUGCUUGCAGGCGUGGCACACGCAGCUGGGCUACGAGCAGCUCCUGAGCACGCAGCACGACCAGCACCACUUGGCGCUGCAGCACAAGGACGCCGAGGCGGCGCACCUGCGCGCGUGGGUGCGGGCACUGGAGGCCUCGCGGCCCCUGGAGGAGAUGCAGGUGACCCAGCUGCUCCAGACCAAGGACGAGGAGGCCGCCGCCAUGAUGGCCGCGAAGCACAAGGAGCUGGAGCUGAUGGCGGGGCUGCUGGACCUGCGGGAGCAGCAGAUCGAGCACCUCGGAGCAAUGGUCGAGCUCUCCCGGCUGGACACGCUGGGGUUGGGCGCCAGCGCUCUGAGCCAGCCCGGCACCGCGCAGCUGCCGCUGCAGCCAGCGCCCCAGCCGGACCAGGCCGCUGCCGACCGCACGACGUUGCUGCCCCCCGGCACGGAGCUCCUGCAGCCAGUCCGUCAGGACGGGGCGUCCGAGGCGGCGCAGCUGCGGCAGGAGGUGCAGCGGCUGCGCUGCAGGCUGGGCGACCUCGAGUCCUACGUGGUGCUGGACGGCGAGGCCCUGCGGGAGCGGGCGGGCGCACUGGGCGUGGCGGCGGCCCGCAACGCUGGGGAGGGGCCAGGCGGGCUCUGCGGGCUCGCUGGGCUGCCCGCCGCGGAGGCCCUGGCGCGGCUGGCCCAGCAGCCCCCGCUCGUCCCCGCCGCUGGCCCCGCGGCGGCGCCCGCCGCCUCGGAGGAGGCGGACGACCUGCGCUCGCUGCUGGCGCUGCCGCGGGGCUACUCCUGGGGCCGGCGGUACGUCAUCCCCAGCAACGGCGAGGCGCAGGCGCAGCCGCAGCGCGCGGAGUGGGCGGGCGCCCGCGCGGAGGGCCCGAAACCCAGCGGCGUCAGCGCGCUCUCCACGUCCGCGGCCAGCGGGCCCCCCAGCGGUUCCGCCGCUGGCCGCAGCGGCCUCGGCGCGGCCGGGGGCGCGGCGCCGUCCCCGACGAGCGCGGCGCCCUUGGACGAGCGGGGGCACCUGGAGCACGCCGGCUGGAGGUACCCCGCGCACGCGGGAGACCCCCUCGAUGCCGCCAUCGCCGCGCUGGUCAACCGGCCUGGCCGGUACAGCGGCUGGCGUGCGAUGCUGUGCCGCCUGGACCGCGGCUUGUACUUGUGCGGCACGCGGCGGAUGCAGCUGCAGGUGGACAUCAACUGGGAGCAGAUCAAGGCUUCCAGCGAUGACGGUAGGACUUGGGCUGACCUGAACGACAUGAUGGAUUGCGCGGAGGGGUCGCAGCGCGCUCUGCUUGAGAGGGCGCGCUCCGCUGUGAGGCUCGGGUGA